CACGAAAAGAAAAAGGAAAUGCAUUCAAGAAGACACCUCGACGAUUAUCUAAUUAUUUUAAAUUAUCAGAGACAGCAGUAAUGUGUCACUAUUGCUUAUAUAAAUCUGAUAAUGAUCCAGAAUAUUUGGAUUCACCUGAUUACCAAUUACCAGUUCAAAAAACAUCAAGUGAAAAUAUUAGGAAAUUUCAAAAUAGAACAUACGCUUUACGUGAUGAUAUUUUAUAUUCUGAGAUAGAAUCUGCAUAUCAUGAAGUGUGUGCAGAACUUGACAAAGCCAAACUAGAAAUGACACCUCUUAAUAAAAAAAUUAAACUAAUGGCAGCUAUUGAAACAUUUGCAGGAGCAGGUAUAAGCAUUAGGCGUGAGACAGUAAUGAGGCAUAAAAAAAAACAAGAAAAUACUCACAAUGAUACUGUUAGCUCCUUUGUAUUAGAACAUCAGAAUGUUUUAAUUGAGUUGUUUGACAACAACAAGGAAAACAAAAGCAUUCUUGAAGAGAUAUUUUCAUCAGAAUCAUCUUGUUCCUCAUAUAUCUCAAGCUCUCCUGAUGUAUCAUCUGAUGAAAAUGAAGAUGAUUUAAAAACAGUAAAAUGUAAAUACAAAAAUAAACUUGAUUAUUUUAUAGGUCCUGGGAAGUUAGAUUUUGGCUUAUUGGAAGAAUCAAAUCUAUGGUUUGUAUCUGGUAAAAACUUAACAGAGUUAUGUGUAGAAUUCAGGAAAGAUGUAAUUAAUAAAUCAGACAUUAACAAAACUGACACAGUGAGAUUGAUGGCAAAUGAAGAGUUAUCACUCAGCUAUAUAUUUGUCAUAGAAGAAGAAAAUCCUGAAGGAUUGUAUGAGUAUUGUGAUUAUCAAUUAUGGAAUGAUGUUUUAAAUGAACUUCACUCUAAAUACCCAAACCAAAAAAUCAAUGAAAGAGUUUACAAAAUCUGGUAUAAUUUUACAAAGAUUACUACUGUACAAUCAACAAAAUCCAAACGUGAAAUGCAAUUAAAAAAUUUUUUUAAUGGCUUAAAUCCAAAAAACAUGGAAAAACAAUGGUUGAAAUUUGUAAUAACUUCAUCCUCUAACACAAAUUCUACACUUUAUAGAAUUAACAACCAACAGUCAACUUUUUCAAGAAGUGAUAAAAUAGAAGAUACGCAUGUUCAUAGGUGUAUUUCUACAAUAAUUGAUCCAUUUUUUCAUGGAAAUGGGAAAACUAAAAUAGAAUGGGCCAACCUUAUGUCAAAAUCUUCAACUGCUACCAAUAGAAAAUUUGAUCCAUGUUUGUUAAGAUCUAAACCAGACUUCACAGUAAUGACAACUAAACCAGGAAAGUACAUUGAAUUGCUUUUAGGAGAAAUUAAACCACAAAAUCCAAAAAGUAUUUAA